AUGAUGACAGAUGACAUAAAAUUACGUGUGUUGUGAAAUUGUGAUUAAAAAACAGUGAUUGCAAAAUAAAUAGAAUUGAAACUAACAUUAAAUCCAAAAAAUGUUUAUAUGGCUGACGUAAAAAUGUCAAACUCACGUAAUUCAACUACUUACAAAUGGAUUAUACCACUAAUACUACUAUUAAUAACUUCAGCAGCUGGAGAUGACAUAAAACCAGCAGAACAAAAUGCGACAUCCACAGCAGCACCACUCUCGACAUCAGCAACGGACCUGGAACCACUGAAAAAAAUUCUCAGCAGCAAUCUUACGACAGCUGUCAACAUAAAUCCAGCUCCCAGUGGAAAUGUAACAAUCUCUCACGAUGUCCAGGUACAGACAACUCUCAGUACUACAAAAGCGACAACUACCACCCGAUCCGAGCAAUCUGCUAAAUCCGAGCAAACUUCGUCAAUAAACGUCACGACUGUCUCACCAAGUGCAGUAAUCAACAACACUAAUGAAACAACGACGCCCAAGAUAGACAUAGUACCUGUUAAUAUAACAAACAUAACAUCGACAACUCCAGCGAUCAUAGAACCAGUGCUCCCGGCGAAAGAAUCUGCUGAAGAUGAACACAACAGUUCAAUGUCUAUAUUUUUCGUCUUGUGUGUCCUAGCACUGGGCAUUCUUCUCAUUCACUUAAUGUUGCAGACCAACUUCCAAUACCUGCCCGAGUCAGUGGUGAUAGUCUUCCUGGGAGCAGCCAUUGGGAUGUUCAUAAACUUCAUGUCCCACAAGGACAUUGCUAAUUGGAAAAAAGAAGAAGCCUUCUCACCAACAGCAUUUUUUCUCGUUCUACUACCGCCGAUUAUUUUCGAGUCUGGCUACAAUUUGCACAAAGGUAACUUUUUCCAAAACAUCGGCAGCAUUUUGGUGUUUGCAAUAUUCGGUACAGCAAUCAGUGCGUUUGUGAUCGGUGCUGGGAUUUACUUGCUCGGAUUAGCACAAGUUGCGUACAAGUUAAGCUUCGUCGAGAGUUUCGCUUUUGGAUCCUUGAUAUCCGCGGUGGAUCCUGUGGCAACUGUUGCCAUUUUUCAUGCGCUAGACGUGGAUCCAGUUUUGAACAUGUUGGUGUUUGGAGAAUCUAUUUUAAAUGACGCCAUCGCUAUUGUCCUGACAACCUCAGUUCUGGAAUCAAACAACGGAUCUACUACAGGAGAUGCCAUUAUUCUAGGACUAAACAGGUUCUGCUUGAUGUUCUUCGCGUCUGCUGGGAUCGGCGUGGUAUUUGCGCUGAUAAGCGCGCUGCUAUUGAAACACGUCGAUCUACGUAAGAAUCCAUCACUGGAGUUUGGGAUUAUGCUGGUGUUCACCUACGCACCGUAUGUUUUGGCAGAAGGGAUACAGCUGUCUGGUAUAAUGGCAAUCUUAUUCAACGGCAUCGUCAUGUCGCACUACACUCAUUUCAACCUGUCGACAGUCACGCAGAUUACAAUGCAGCAGACUAUGAGGACACUGGCGUUUAUUGCAGAAACUUGCGUUUUUGCUUAUCUGGGAUUGGCGUUAUUCAGCUUUCGACACAGAGUCGAGCCGGCCUUAGUCACCUGGUCGCUUAUUUUGUGUUUGAUUGGACGCGCGGCAAAUAUAUUUCCUCUGGCAUUGCUGGUUAAUCGGUUUCGAGAGCACCAAAUCACCAAGAAGAUGAUGUUCAUUAUGUGGUUCAGCGGACUACGUGGAGCUAUUUCUUACGCACUGUCUCUCCAUCUUAAUUUCAGCGACGAAACACGACAUGUUAUCAUCACAACGACUCUUAUUAUUGUUUUGUUUACCACGCUAUUUUUUGGAGGGUCCACUAUGCCGCUUUUAAAGUUCCUCAGAGCUGAGAAGAAAUCAAAUACAGGAAUUAUUGGUGGCGGUGGAAGAAGAAAGAAGCGCGAUAAAGAAAUUUCAUUGAGUAAAACUAGAGAAUGGGGACAAACAAUUGACUCGGAGCAUUUAUCAGAGCUGACGGAAGAAGAAAUGGAUGUAUCUUUUAGACAAUCUAGAAUCGGUGGGUUCGCUCGCUGGGACUUGAAAUUCUUCAUUCCCUUUUUCACUCGUCGAUUCACGCAGCAGGAACUAAAGGACUGUAAAUCGCAAAUGACGGACCUAACGAACCAGUGGUAUCAAGCGAUAAGGAUAAGCCCUGUCGAAUCGGACGAGGACGACGAGACAACAGCUUCCACGGCACAGUUACACAAUUCGGGCUCGAUUAAUAAAUCCGAGGGGAAUGCACACGCAAAUACCAGGAGCGAGAGCCAUUGUGUCACAGCCGGAGGAAAAAAAGGACGUCCAAAUCGCCACGGAUGUUACGAGGAUUUAUCAGAAUAAUUGACAAGAUGAUAAAUAAACGAAAAAUGAAUCCGAAAGUUUAGUUUUUUAAAAUUCUAUAAAAUAUUUUUGCUAAUUAUUAUUGUAAAUAUAAAUGAAUUUAAUUUAAAGUUUUAAAUUGUACGGCAGGCCGUCUUCACAUUAAUAUUUAUCUUUCUGCACGCACGUCUAUAAUUGUGAUCAAUUUUAGUUAUAUUAUUUAUAAAUAAUCUUUAGUAUUAAAAGUUCAUCACGCUUGAAAUGUAAAUUUUAUUUAUAUGCACAAUUAAGUUAUUUUUUAAAAUGUGUACAUAGAGUUGACUGAACGGCCUCAGGUUUUAAUUAUAAACAAUUUUUAUUUAUAUUUUAUUAGAUGUUAUCUUUAUUGACGAACAAAAAAAAUAUUAAAUAAAUAAUUUUAAUUAUUCACAUUUAAAAUAAUCUAAACAAAUUGUAUAUCGACAAUAAAGAAAUUUAUAUUAAAUAAAGUGUACUUACUUAACUUAAAAGCUAACGAGUCAUUACUCAAGAUUAAUUAUAACAACAUACUAAUAAUCUUUUGUUUUAAUGAUAAUUUAUUUCGUUAAUAAUUUAAUCUUCGGGAUUGCUGGUUUCACGGAAGAAUUCUACGUAAUAAAGGAUCUAUUUAUUGUAA